CGCGCGGCCGUGGGUUCGGGGUUUAUUGACUGAAUUCCGCCGGCGCGGGAGCCUCUGCAGAGAGAGAGAGAGAGAGCGCGAGAGAUGGAAAUGGACAAACGGAUUCAUUUAGAGCUGCGGAACAGGACGCCCUCUGAUGUGAAGGAGCUCGUCCUGGACAACUGUCGGUCGAACGACGGCAAAAUCGAAGGCCUCACAGAUGAGUUUGAAGAGCUGCAGUUCUUGAGCACAAUCAACGUAGGCCUCACUUCAGUCGCAAACUUACCAAAGUUAAACAAACUUAAGAAGCUUGAACUAAGCGAUAACAGAAUCUCAGGGGGCCUGGAAAUAUUGGCAGAAAAGUGUCCGAACCUCACGCAUCUAAAUUUAAGUGGCAACAAAAUUAAAGACCUCAGCACAAUAGAGCCACUGAAGAAGUUAGAAAACCUCAAGAGCUUAGACCUGUUCAACUGCGAGGUGACCAACCUGAACGACUACCGAGAAAACGUGUUCAAGCUGCUCCCGCAGCUCUCGUACCUCGACGGCUACGACCGGGACGACAAGGAGGCCCCCGACUCGGACGCCGAGGGCUACGUGGAGGGCCUGGACGACGAGGACGAGGACGAGGACGAGGAGGAGUACGAUGAAGACGCUCCGGUAGUGGAGGACGAGGAGGACGAGGAGGAGGAGGAGGAAGGUGAAGAGGAGGACGUGAGUGGGGAGGAGGAGGAGGACGAGGAGGGUUACAACGACGGGGAGGUAGACGACGAGGAGGAUGAAGAGGAGCCUGGCGAGGAAGAAAGGGGUCAGAAGCGAAAACGAGAAGCUGAGGAUGAGGGAGAAGACGAGGACGAAGCGGAAUAACCUAUUUUGAAAAAUUCCUAUUGUGAUUUGACUGUUUUUACCCAAACCCCCCCAAAUCCUGCCCCCCGAAACUUAUUUUUUUCUGAUUGUAACGUUGCUGUGGGAACGAGGGGGAAACGUGUACUGGGGGUGGUGGGGGUGGGAGGGCGGGAGGGGGUGGAAUAAAAUACUAUUUUUACUGCCACUCUUUACUUUCCCCUACUCUUCUUUGUGUCUGGUUCUGUCCCUGUGAAGGCGAUGCUGAGGGCACACGCAUGGCCGUCUGCCCCUUGCUCCCCAGGAGGACGGUUCGGAGCACCCUUUCAUUUCCUGGUCUUUCCUGAGCCUCCUGAGUUGGGGGCAAGGCUGUGGCUGCCCUCAGUUUGGCUUCUCAAAGCCCAGGCAGGGCUGAGCACCAGCCUGGUCUCACCUCCUGUCCUGGUUCCCGUGGUUCUGCGAUGCUCGAGGCACCUGGCGCCCUGGUUUGUAAAUAGCGACCUAAAGGCGGGCUUUGGCCCUGGUCAGGGGCCCUUCCCCGUCUCCCACCCUCUUGCCCUCUUCGCGGAUGGUGGUGGGCUUCGUUUGCCGGAGAAGACUGAUGUCACUCUUGGGUGGUGAGCCGAGAGCUGGGAGCAGCAGGCUUCUGAGUUAGGAGUAAAAUGAACCUGGCAGUUGUGAUGCAAGGAGACGCUAACCCUCCAACUCCAGCGUCUGUCAAACAGCUUACAAAACACAACAAACAGAACUGUCCUAUCUUGUUCUGUAAGAUGCUAGACCGCUUUGUUUUGCAAAAUGACCAGAGAAUUCUUCCAUGGGUCCUUCUGGGCUUAGACCCUUUUACGAACCUGAGCACAGGAGACGCUGCUGCCUGUCGGCUGGGUUUUUUUCCAUACACCCGAGCACGGAAAACUAAUGCAGAAUUGUGAUUUCUUACCUAGUGGAAAUCCGAAGUGACUGCAAAUUCCUAGUCAGUGUACAGGUUUGCCUUCCUGUCUCUUCCGGAUUGCCUCUGAAGUGACGUGUGUUUCCCUCGCCCGUGUUCUCGUCUGCACCGGUUUCCUCCCCCUCAGAAGAGCCAAACUUUGAGUUUUAUGUCUGUUUGUCAUUGAUAAAUUUCAAUAAAUCUUUUUAUACAA